GGGGGGAACGUGCAGCAUCUUUAAUGGAUGGAAAUGCCGAGCUGCGUCGUUUUGUCCCAACUACAACAACAACCUCAUUAAUUCUUCACAACUCUCACCCUCUCAGAAACCAAGAGCUAUACCAUUUUGCUAUUGGAAUCUACUGCCAUGCUAUUCCUAACAAUAUAAUAAACCUGAUAUCAACACCACAUCAUUCGUCAGCCAAAAUGCCAGCCCUUCCUCCAUCGUCAACAAUACCCUCAGGGUACAAUUCCCUCUCUGUCCGCCAGAACGACGACUCGAGCAGCUCCUUCACCGCUGUGCCAAUAUCCUACAAGAGCACCGAUAACUCCCUCGCUCCCGGUGUCGUCGCCGGUAUCGUCCUCGGCUCUGUCGCUGGCUUUCUUCUCCUGCUGUACAUUAUCUACAUGCUCCUGCACCGCGGUCCAGUCGUGAGAACAGUCGACGGCGCAUCAACUGUUGUUUCAGGCGGACCUAUGAGUACAGUCACGGGCGAUACGUCGACAUAUCUGAGUUUCCGCAGCAGAAGAGAUCGAAGAACGAGGAACAGAUCGCGGAGCAGGGCAACGUCUAGAUCCAAGAGGACGAGAUCGCGCACAACGGUGAAUUCGAGGGAUAGGAGUCGAAGACGAACAUCACCGCUUGUGGGCGAUAGUCGAGGGGAGCGAAUCAUUGUUGACCCUCCUGCGCCGCGCUUCGUUCAAGAAUCGACUAUCUCUUCGGAUAACGAGAUUGUUGUUGAAGAGGAGCACAGUGUUUCUCCUCCGCGACGAUCACGACGACAGAGUCAAGACCGAUAUCGUCGAGAGCCGUUGAUGGGAGAGGGAUAUCGAAGGGACUAUUCCCCGAGAGAUUACUCGCCUCGGAGGGAGAGCAGACGCUAUAGCCGAGACCGAUAGAGGAAGAUGUUAGCGACGACAGUAUGCGUAUUUUAUUUCUUCAGUUUGUUUUAAUUACGACUUUACGACAUAUUUUGGACGUUGGAUGCAUAGAUCGAUCGGCGGAUUGGAUGGACGAGAAAGGAUUCACUACGACGUACAUUGGAAAGAAUGAGUAAUAUGCACAAAAGGAGCAGAAGAGAGGAGAAGAGAGGAGAGGAGAGGAGAAGAGGUCAGAUUGAGCGUCAAAAUCUUUCGAAUCGAGGCUUUCAUUUCGAUAGAUACCCGGAUAGUCUCUGCAAAAACUACCUGUAUAUAGACAAAAGAUUGGUACCAUCAACUCAUGACCUCCUAUUUCACCUUUUCUAUGAGCGGUAUAUCUGCUUCAUGACAUCCCAUAUCUACCCAGUUGCUCCAUAUCUUCAUAACUCACCAUGGUAGUAAACAGUAACCAUCGACUUAUUCAUGAAUUUUCUCCACAUCUUCCA